AUGGCCCCCUCCCUCUCUCCUCUCUGAGACUCCUGGUGCCACCGCUGCGUCUGAUGUCAGCGGUCAUGUGGCAGGUGGUGGAGCGGCGGAGUUUGGAGCAUUAUGGGAAGCUGGAGGACUUUGUGUGUUUGGUCACAGAGGCAGUUCCAGAACUACUGACUGACAGGCAGAGAGCAGUACUGCUUCUGGGCCUCAGAGCAAAGGUGUGUGUGUGCAUGCGUUUCUUCAACAAAAAAAACGUUUGUACUUUUUGCCCCUUUUUCUCCCCAAUUUGUAGUUACAGUCUUGUCCCAUCUCUGCAACUCCCGUAUGGACUCGGGAGAGGCGAAAGUCGAGAGCCAUGCGUCCUCCGAAACAUGACCCCGCCAAGCCGCACUGCUCGCUUAACCCGGAAGCCAGCCGCACCAAUGUGUCGGAGGAAACACGUAUAGCUGGCGACUGAAGUCAGCGUGCAUGCGCCCGGCCUCCACAAGGAGUUGCUAGAGCGCGAUGGGACAAGGACAUCCCAGCCAGCCAACAUUCUCCCCUAACCCAGAAGACGCUGGGCCAAUUGUGCGCCACCUCAUGGUUCUCCCGGUCGCGGCCGGCUGCGACACAGCCCGGGAUCGAACCCGGAUGUGUAGUGACGCCUCUAGCACUGCGAUGUAGUGCCUUAAACCGCUGCGCCACUCUGGAGGCCACAUGCAUUUCUUCUAGCAGUAACCUACACAGUAUUUUCCAUGUGCUGCAAAUCAGAAGUUCACCUCUGUGCCUUGCAAAUCUGUGCCUUGAGUAAUUUUAAACGGACCUCCCGAUCGGUCCGUGUUGCAGAUGUCCCAGGAGUGGAUAGGUGAGAACGUCGCCCCAGACCUCAUCCAGACUCACCUGGACAGGAUCCAGUCCAUCUGUCUGACACAGGUGAGAGAGGGGGCUCAUGGGAACUGGAGUUUUACACCUGCCUUUUACUGAACGUAUAGAGUGAAAGGGUGGAGUAAAGGGAGGAAACCGAGUGGCAGAAUGGGGACACCGAGUGCUGAGAGGGAUGCUUUGGCCCUGACACACGCUAAGGUAUGUGUCUGUUGUUUUUACAGUCCAGUGACAAGGCCUUCGAGGAUGCCAAAGCCAGGCUCAUGGCGUACACUCGGAGGAGUCCAGGAGAUCGAUGGGCUGUAAGAAAAUGACUCUUUCGUCACUUGAGUAACAUGCAAUCUACUAAUCUCUGGGUUCAGUGAAGAAUUGUUCUCUCUCUCUCUCUCUCUCUCUCUCUCUCUCUCUCUCUCUCUCUCUCUCUCUCUCUCUCUCUCUCUCUCUCUCUCUCUCUCUCUCUCUCUCUCAGUUUGGUCAAUACUUUAAUGCAGAGCUGGAGUCUCUGGUGUGUGUGUUCCUCUCCAGGCUGGAGGAGCUGCUGCCAGUACCAGACUUUAAACAGGUACACAGUUACCGGCGACCACAUGUCAACCCCAACUUCACCACUAAGAGACUACACAGGCUACAUAUUGACCACAUUUAUCAACCACACUUUGACCACCACACAUCGACUGCAUUCAUCAACCACACAUCUCCCCCCCCCCCCCUGUGUUCCCCAGGCUGCCUCCUGGCUCGACUCUGUCCCCGGUGGUGUGGAUGAAUGUCUGCAGUCUGUCCCCCACAGUGACGGGCUGAGGUCUGUACUGCAGAGCCAGAUGUGCUGCCGGGAACACCUGGUAAAUAGAGGUACGUCACCAGGUACGUCUGUAGUCUCAGUUGUUUUAGCAGUUUAGUAAAAAAUGUAUUUAAAUAGUUUACAACUGUGUUUCUCGCUUGUCUUGUGCAGACUCCAGCCCAUCCCAGACCAACCUCCUCAGCUCUCUACCUGUUUGCCUUCCAAAUAUGAUGGUGUACCAUCCAUCUGCCGACUCUGACAGCGAGUCAGAACCCUUCCCCAAGGAAAGGAUGGAUGAAGAGAGAGGAGAAGAACAGGAGACGGUCUGCGUCAAACGAGAGGACGAUGAGAAAUCGAGAGUAGCCGAGCUGAUUGGUCAAGACCAGGGAUCAGCCAAUAGAUUGGCAGGAGAAACGGAAACAUCCGACCUAGGGAUUCUGGGUUUCAUUGUUCAGAGCCAAUCUAUAAUGAUUAUCCCCCAGCCGGACCAGCCCUCUCUUGCUGUCGUCUCCCAGUCUGCACCCACUCUCACCCUGCCUGUGGCCUGCAGGGGGCAGACUGCAGUCAACUCUCCCUCAGGACAGAGCAGGCCCUCACCAGAGAGAAAAACUGUUCCUGUGAGCAGCCAAAAGCCCCAGGCUUCACCGGGGAGGUAAGUGUGGUCAGCGUGUGUGUGUGUGUGUGUUAGGAAUGCUGUAGCGUGACAGUAAGUAUGGACAGAUUGUAUCAGCAUGGGUGUUUUGAAUGGUAAGUGUGUGUGUGUGUGUGUUAGUGUGACAAUUGGUGUGGACAGAGUAUGUGUGGGUGUUUAGAAAGUGUGUUUGUACAGUGUGUGGCCCACACCACACUGAGGAGGAAAGUGUGUGUGUGUGUGUUAGGAAUGCAGUAGCGUGACAGCAAGUAUGGACAGAUUGUAUCUUCUUGUUUGUUUUGACUGUACAGUAUUUGAACAGUGACAAAAGGCGAACUGUGUGUGAGUGAGUAUUGAGUAAAUGAUGAAUGAUUAACAUGACAUGUUCUUUUCCCCCCUCAGCAUCAUCCCUGAGUCGUCUGAUAAGCCUGUAGAAUGUAUUAUGGUGGAGAGUGACACAGGUGAGUGUCUUAUACCCUCCUAACCACCUGCAGCUCACAGGAGACUGCUGAGGGGAGGACGGCUCAUAAUAAUGACCGGAACGGAGCAAAUGGAAUGGCAUCAAACACCUGGAAACCAUGUGUUUGUUGUGUUUGAUACCAUUCCACCAAUUCCACUCCAGUCAUUACCACGAGCCCAUCCUCCCCAAUUAAGGUGCCACCAACCUCCUGUGCUGCAGCUCCCUAUCAGGUGUUUUGUCCUCCAUCACAAAUUCAAUUUCCCAACAUCCUCUCUGCUUAUCCUCUUGUGUGCCUUUUAAAAAUUGAUGUAGUUCUGUCCUUGAGCUGUUCUUGUCUAUUAAUGUUCUGUAUUAUGUCAUGUUUUAUGUUUUGUGUGGACCCCAGGAAGAGUAGCUGCUGCUUUUGCACCAACUAAUGGGGAUCCUAAUAAAACACAACAUACAGUGGGGAAAAAAAGUAUUUAGUCAGCCACCAAUUGUGCAAGUUCUCCCACUUAAAAAGAUGAGAGCGGCCUGUAAUUUUCAUCAUAGGUACACGUCAACUAUGACAGACAAAUUGAGGAAAAAAAAUCCAGAAAAUCACAUUGUAGGAUUUUUUAUGAAUUUAUUUGCAAAUUAUGGUGGAAAAUAAGUAUUUGGUCACCUACAAACAAGCAAGAUUUCUGGCUCUCACAGACCUGUAACAACUUCUUUAAGAGGCUCCUCUGUCCUCCACUCGUUACCUGUAUUAAUGGCACCUGUUUGAACUUGUUAUCAGUAUAAACGACACCUGUCCACAAUCUCAAACAGUCACACUCCAAACUCCACUAUGGCCAAGACCAAAGAGCUGUCAAAGGACACCAGAAACAAAAUUGUAGACCUGCACCAGGCUGGGAAGACUGAAUCUGCAAUAGGUAAGCAGCUUGGUUUGAAGAAAUCAACUGUGGGAGCAAUUAUUAGGAAAUGGAAGACAUACAAGACCACUGAUAAUCUCCCUCGAUCUGGGGCUCCACGCAAGAUCUCACCCCGUGGGGUCAAAAUGAUCACAAGAACGGUGAGCAAAAAUCCCAGAACCACACGGGGGGACCUAGUGAAUGACCUGCAGAGAGCUGGGACCAAAGUAAUAAAGCCUACCAUCAGUAACACACUACGCCGCCAGGGACUCAAAUCCUGCAGUGCAAGACGUGUCCCCCUGCUUAAGCCAGUACAUGUCCAGGCCCGUCUGAAGUUUGCUAGAGUGCAUUUGGAUGAUCCAGAAGAGGAUUGGGAGAAUGUCAUAUGGUCAGAUGAAACCAAAAUAGAACUUUUUGGUAAAAACUCAACUCGUCGUGUUUGGAGGACAAAGAAUGCUGAGUUGCAUCCAAAGAACACCAUACCUACUGUGAAGCAUGGGGGUGGAAACAUCAUGCUUUGGGGCUGUUUUUCUGCAAAGGGACCAGGACGACUGAUCCGUGUAAAGGAAAGAAUGAAUGGGGCCAUGUAUCGUGAGAUUUUGAGUGAAAACCUCCUUCCAUCAGCAAGGGCAUUGAAGAUGAAACGUGGCUGGGUCUUUCAGCAUGACAAUGAUCCCAAACACACCGCCCGGGCAACGAAGGAGUGGCUUCGUAAGAAGCAUUUCAAGGUCCUGGAGUGGCCUAGCCAGUCUCCAGAUCUCAACCCCAUAGAAAAUCUUUGGAGGGAGUUGAAAGUCCGUGUUGCCCAGCGACAGCCCCAAAACAUCACUGCUCUAGAGGAGAUCUGCAUGGAGGAAUGGGCCAAAAUACCAGCAACAGUGUGUGAAAACCUUGUGAAGACUUACAGAAAACGUUUGACCUGUGUCAUUGCCAACAAAGGGUAUAUAACAAAGUAUUGAGAAACUUUUGUUGUUGACCAAAUACUUAUUUUCCACCAUAAUUUGCAAAUAAAUUCAUUAAAAAUCCUACAAUGUGAUUUACUGGAUUUCUUUUCUCAUUUUGUCUGUCAUAGUUGACGUGUACCUAUGAUGAAAAUUACAGGCCUCUCUCAUCUUUUUAAGUGGGAGAACUUGCACAAUUGGUGGCUGACUAAAUACUUUUUCCCCCCACUGUACCUCUCACCUUCUCUUCCUGUUUCCUCACAGACAGCCCCACAGGUGAGUCCUCGUCUUCCGAGACGCACCCCUCUAGCGUAUCCCACAAUCCCCGGCGUGUUGCCCACAAGUGCCCGACGUGCGGGAAGUGUUUCAUCUACCGCUCCCAGGUGCUGCGUCACCUGACCACACACUCACGAGGCGGCCGCUACAAAUGCUCCAAGUGUGGCAUUGGCUUCCCAACGCCCUGGAGCCUGAACGACCACAAGCGCUCUGUGUGUGUCAACGCCACUUUCGACUGCCCCCAGUGCGGGAAGGGGUUUGCGUCGCUCCGUGAGCAGUACCGUCACCGCCUCACCCACAAGACCAACACCUGUUUUCAAUGUGGGGUGGGCUUUAGGACCCAGCUGGAACUGACCCGACACCACAAGACCCACUGGGCCCAGCCGCUGCACCAGUGCUGCCUGUGCGGCAAACGCUUCCGCCUCCUCUCCAGCCUGACCAAUCACAAGCAGACUCACUCGUCCGGUGGUGGCUUCGCCUGCACCCAGUGUGAGCGUGUGUUCGGCUCGGCGAAGGAGCGCGACGCCCACCGGCAGAUGCACCGCGUACCCAAGCUUAUCUGCCCUGUCUGCGGCGAGACGUUCACCUCGCAGGCCAAACUAAUCAAACACCAGCAGACCCAUCCGGCCCCCGAGGGGAGCGAGGGGCCGAGGUACAAAUGCCGUUACUGUGAGGAUACGUUUACAGGCCUGACUCUCAUGAGGAUCCACCAGAGAAGCCAUCUUGUGGACAGACCUCAUCAAUGUGACCAGUGUGAGAAGAGCUUCACUACUCUGGGGUCCCUCCAGUCCCACCUCAGAACCCACUCGGAGGAGAAGCCCUUCCUCUGCGCCCGCUGCGGCAAACGCUUCCGGACCAAAGACGGCAUGGAGGGACACCUCCGGAUCCACACUGGCGAGAAGCCCUUCCACUGCUCCUACUGCGGGAAACGCUUUACGGCGCUUGCCGGGUUGAAUGUGCACGUACGGCGGCACACGGGCGAGAGGCCGUACGUGUGUGAGGUGUGCGGCAAGGCAUGGCCCUCAGGUGGGGACCUGCAGAAACACAUGCGCUGUCACACAGGGGAGAGACCUUACAGCUGUGUUGACUGUGGGAAGACAUUCUCCAUAUCCUGUCACCUGACAGAACACAUGAAGACACACUCAGGUCAGGACCAGGAGCAUGUAGUUAAAGGGAUAGUUGGGGAUUUUGGUAAUGAGGCCCUUUAUCUACUUCCCCAGAGUCAGAUGAAGUCGUGGAUACCGUUUUUAUGUCUCUGCGUGCAGUUUGAAGGAAGUUGCUAACUAGCGCUAUCGCAAUUGCUAACUAGUUUUAACGCAGUGAGUGGAAGUCUAUGGGUAUGCUCUAGCAUGCUAGUAGAUACCCAUAGACUUCCAGUCAUUUCACUAAUGCUAGUUAGCAUUGGCUCACAAAACUAUCUCUAACUUCCUUCAUACUGAACACAGAGACAUAACAAUGGUAUCCACGAGUUCAUCUGACUCUGGGGAAGUACAGUGCAUUAGGAAAGUAUUCAGACCCCUUCCCCUUUUCCACAUUUUGUUACGUUACAGCCUUAUUCUAAAAGGGAUUACAUUAUUUUUUCUUCUUCAUCAAUCUACACACAUUACCCCAUUUAUGAUAAAGCGAAAACUGAUUUUUAUUUAUUUUGGGAAAUGUCUUAAAAAUAAAUAACAGAAAUACCUUGAGACUCGAAAUUGAGCUCAGGUGCAUCCUGUUUCCAUUGAUCAUCCUUGAGAUGUUUCUACAACUUGAUUGGAGUCCACCUGUGGUAAAUUCAAUUGAUUGGACAUGAUUUGGAAAGGCACACACCUGUCUAUAUAAGGUCCCACAGUUGACAGUGCAUGUCAGAGCAAAAACCAAGCCAUGAGGUUGAAGGAAUUGUCCGUAGAGCUCUGAGACAGGAUUGUGUAGAGGCACAGAUCUGGGAAAGGGUACCAAAACAUUUCUGCAGCAUUGAAGGUCCCCAAGAACACAGUGGCCUCCAUCAUUCUUAAAUGGAAGAAGUUUGGAACCACCAAGACUCUUCCUAGAGCUGGCUGCCCAGCCAAACUGAGCAAUCGGGGGAGAAGGGCCUUAGUCAGGGAGGUGACCAAGAACCCGAUGGUCAUUCUGACAGAGCUCCAGAGUUCCUCUGUGGAGAUGGGAGAACCUUCCAGAAGGACAACCAUCUCUGCAGCACUCCACCAAUCAGGCCUUUAUGGUAGAGUGGCCAGAUGGAAGCCACUCCUCAGUAAAAGGCACAUGACAUCCCACUUGGAGUUUGCCAAAAGGCACCUAAAGGACUCUCAGACCAUGAGAAACAAGAUUCUCUGGUCUGAUGAAACCAAGAUUGAACUCUUUGGUCAGAAUGUCAAGCGUCACAUCUGGAGGAAACCAGGCACCAUCCCUACGGUGAAGCAUGGUGUUCGCAGCAUCGUGCUGUGGGGAUGUUUUUCAGCAACAGGGACUGGGAGACUAGUCGGGAUCGAGGGAAAGAUGAAUAAAGCAAAGUACAGAGAGAUCCUUGAUGAAAGCCUGCUCCAGAGUGCUCAGGACCUCAUACUGGGGCGAACUUUCACCUUCCAACAGGACAGCGACCCUAAGCACACAGCCAAGACAACGCAGGAGUGGCUUCGGGACAAGUCUCUGAAUGUCCUUAAGUGGCCCAGCCAGAGCCCAGACUUGAACCCAAUCGAACAUCUCUGGAGAGACCUGAAAAUAGCUCUGCAGCAAUGCUCCCCAUCCAACCUGACAGACUCGAUGCUGUAAUCGCUGCCAAAGGUGCUUCAACAAAGUACUGAGUAAAGGGUCUGAAUACUUAUGCAAAUGUGAUAUUUCAGUAGUUUUUGUUUUAUAAAUGUGUAAAAAUGUCUACAAACCUGUUUUUGCUUUGUCAUUAUGACAGCCAAAUGAACACACCCUGGCUCAAAAUACACAGUCCCGGAGCCAGAGCGUGACAGUACCCCCCCCUAAAGGCGCGGACUCCGACCGCGCCUACACCCCAAAUAGGGAAGGGCUGGGUGGGUAUUGCUCCUCGGAGGCGGCUCCGGCUCCGGGCUUGACCACCACCCUACUACAAUCCCCCCGUAGUGCCCCCAGUCCGAUCUGACCCAGCUAGCUGGAUCAGGACUGCCGACGCGCACCCCUGGCUUGGCGCGUGAGGCAGGAAUGGACCGGACCUGGCAGACGAUACGCACCCUUUGCAUGGUGCGUGGAGCCGGAACAGGCCUCACCAGGCUGAAGACUCGCAUCCCUGGCUUGGUGCGAGUAGCAGGAAUGGGCUGAAUCCGGCUGACGACUCGCACCCUUGGCUUGGUGCGAGUAGCAGGAAUGGGCUGAAUCCGGCUGACGACUCGCACCCUUGGCUUGGUGCGAGUAGCAGGAAUGGGCUGAAUCCGGCUGACGACUCGCACCCUUGGCUUGGUGCGAGUAGCAGGAAUGGGCUGAAUCCGGCUGACGACUCGCACCCUUGGCUUGGUGCGAGUAGCAGGAAUGGGCUGAAUCCGGCUGACGACUCGCACCCUUGACUUGGUACGAGUGGCAGGAAUGGGCCGGACUGGGCUGGCGACGUGCACCACAGACCUGGUGCGGAGAGCAGGAACGGGCAGAGCCGGGCUGACGAGACGCACCACAGGCUUGAUGCGGAGAGCAGGCACGGGCCGUGCCGGACUGACGACGCACACCACUGGCUUGGUGCGGGAAGCUUGGAUGGGCCGGACUGUACUGGGGACACACACCACUGGUCCUACACCGGGAUCUGGAACGGGCCGGACCGGACUGGCAACACACGCCAGUACCUCUCGCCGUGCCUCUACUUCCUCCAUCCCCUCUUCGACCAGUGGCCCCCGUAACCCGGCGGCCUUCUCCGGCAACCCACUGGGCCGCUCUAUCGCGGCCUCCCGCUGGUCCGACGUCGUGAGCCCCCCCCUAAAAAUUUUCGGGGCGUCUCUCCUACCCGUGGACCAGGUCUCCAUGUCCCUCGCCAGCCUCUCGCCCUUCUGCCAUAAUGUCAAGCCCUUCUCUUCCUCACUCGGCUUGACCCAGUCCAGGAGGCGAAGGAGAUCUGUGAGGGAUCUCCCUGGCGAUGGCUCCUGGACACGCUGCUUGGUCCCAUCUUGGUGGGUUUUUCUGUCACGAUCGUCUUCAAAAGGAGCAGACCAAUACGCAGCGCGUUGAGCGAACAUGACUUUAUUAAAUUAACGUACUCACUACAAAAACAACAAACAAUGACGAAACGUGAAGUCCUCCGUUACAAUGACUGACAAGGAACAAAAACCCACAACACUAAGGUGAACACUGACAGUUUAAAUAUGGCUCCCAAUCAGAGAUAACGAGCCGACAGCUGACACUCGUUACCACUGAUUGGGAGUCACACGACCAAACAAUGAAACACAACCAAAUACAACACAACCAAAUGAACACACCCUGGCUCAAAAUACACAGUCCCGGAGCCAGAGCGUGACAAUUAUGGGGUACUGUGUGUAGAUUAAUGAGGAAAAAACACAAUUUAAUCAAUUUUAGAAUACGGCUGUAAAGUAACAAAAUGUGGAAAAAGUCAAGGGGUCUGAAUACUUUCCCAAUGCACUGUAGAUACAGGCCCAACAUCCCGAAGUAUCCCUUUAAGGGGGCCGUUGAUAUACAACUAUUUGGUGUCUAUGGAUGAUGAUACACUGUCGUUGUCAUUUGUCCAAGAAUAUGUGAUGCAGGACAUAUGCAGUACGUUUAUACAUUUGUGAUCGAUAAUAAUAAAACAAAUGAUUUAAUCGUAGUUCUUCUGUGUAAUCUGAAAUAACUAAUCUGAAGUAACCUUGAUUUAUAGUCCUAAUCUAAAUACUGUCCCGUCCCUCAGGUGAGAAGCCGUUCUCUUGUCCAGAGUGUGGGAAGAGCCUGAAGAGGAAGUUUGAUCUGAAGAAGCACCUGUUGACCCACUCUGGGGUGCGUCCGUACCCCUGCCCUCACUGUGACAAGAGCUACACCCGCCGCACACACCUCAACAGGCACCUACAGAAACACUCGGCUGAGCUGUUAACAGCAGCAUUGUAGCCAGCAUCAACAAUUGCCCAUGGAUGGACAUCUCAAUAGAAUUCUGCCCUUGAAAUAACAAUGGGCUCCCAUCACCAAGAUUCUGAAUUGGAAUUCAAUGACUUCCAGAGACUAGAGCAGCAGAACGUUCUGCCUACAGAUGGGAGGGGGAAGCAGUCUCCCUGCUGGUUGAGG